UUCUGUUCUGAAAGAGUUAAAGGGUUUUUAUCUCAGACAACUUCUCCUCAUGGACUCUGAGCCUCAUAAACCAGCAGCUCCACUCUGGACACGUUUCCUUGUUCCCUCCCCUGCAGAUCUGCAGACUAGUAUCAGUGUUGAGGAAGUAAAAACUUCAGUCUCAGUGAUCGAGAGGAGAAAUGGCGCAGAAAGGAGUUCAGCUGGACCAGGAAACCUUUUCUUGUUCCAUCUGUUUGGAGGUUUUAAAGGAUCCGGUGGCUAUUCCCUGUGGACACAGUUACUGUAUGAACUGUAUUAAAACCUACUGGGAUGAAGGACAGAAGAAAAUCCCCAGCUGUCCUCAGUGUAGAGAGACAUUUAUACCGAAGCCUGUGCUGGUGAAAAACACCAUGUUAGCAGCUUUAGUGGAGGAGAUGAAGAAGACUGGACUCCAAGCUGCUCCUGCUGAUCACUGCUAUGCUGGACCUGAAGAUGUGGCCUGUGAUUUCUGCUCUGGGAGAAAACUGAAAGCCAUUAAGUCCUGUUUAGUCUGUCUGGCCUCUUACUGCCAGAAACACCUUCAACCUCAUCAUGAUGUGGCUCCAUUAAAGAAACACAAGCUGGUGGAUCCCUCCAAGAACCUGCAGGACAACAUCUGCCCCCGUCAUGAUGAGGUGAUGAAGAUGUUCUGUCGUACUGAUCAGAAGUGUAUCUGUUAUCUCUGCUCUGUGGAUGAACAUAAAGGCCACGACACAGUCUCAGCUGCAGCAGAAAGGACGGAGAAACAGAGAGAGAUGGAGGUGAGUCGACAACUAAUCCAGCAGGAGAUCCAGGACAGAGAGAGAGAUGUGAAGCUGCUUCAGCAGGAGGUGGAGGCCAUCAAUCAGUCUGCUGAUAAAACAGUGGAGGACAGUGAGGAGAUCUUCACUGAGCUGAUCUCUCUCCUCCAGAAGAGAAGCUCUGAUGUGAAGCAGCAGAUCAGAUCCCAGCAGGAAACUGAAGUGAGGAGAGUCAGAGAGCUGAAGGAGAAGCUGCAGCAGGAGAUCAGUGACCUGAAGAGGAGAGACGCUGAGAUGAAGCAGCUCAGAGACAUCGAGGACCACAACCAGUUUCUCCACAACUGUCCCUCACUGCCACCACUCAGUGAGUCCACACACUCCUCCAGCAUCAGCAUCCGUCCUCUCACACACUCCUCCAGCAUCAGCAUCCGUCCUCUCAGGUACUUUCAGGAUGUGACAGCAGCUGUGUCAGAGGUCAGAGGUCGACUACAGGACAUCCUGAGAGACACGUGGACAAACUUCUCACUGGCCGUCACUGAUGUGGAUGUUUUACUGUCACAACCAGAACUAAAGAGCAGAGCUGGAUUCUUGAAAUAUUCAUGUGAAAUCACUCUGGAUCCAAACACAUUACACACACGGCUGUUACUGUCAGAGGAGAACAGAAAGUCUUCAUUCCAGGAUUUGACUCAGAUCUGAGGGAGAAAACAUGAAUCUAAUAUUCAAGUAAAACUGAGGCAGUUUUCCUCCUGAAACAUCACA